AUGCUCUCCUAUACUAGCCACUGUCUGCAGACCUUGCUCGGGGUCGCGUCCCUGCCCUACCGGCAAUACUUGGGGUACUCCAGUCCUCAAGCACCCCUUCAAGCAGCGCAGAGCGGACCCCCAGUCACCACGCUCGUCUCGUCGUGCGCGGGGUUCAGCUACCCGGAGGUUGCUUGCAUUGAUCGAUACGGAUCGCUCCUCGAGGGCGGGUUCGAGCGCAAAGUGCGUAACGUGCUUGGCGACGCCGACACCUACAUCUCCACCAAUGCGCCGCAGGAACCAACCUUCUCCGACCUGCUCAAUGCCGAUUUCCUGGUGUGGAACCAAUCCGCAGCGAAGGCCAUACUCGGUCCCAACCCCAGUGUCGAGUUCAUGUUCAGCAUCGAGGACUGCUCCCACGAGGCUCCCGUGUACGUCCCCACUACUAACGAACUGUACUUCUCCCGCUUACAGCAAGGAUUCCUGCCUCAAAUGGUGAUUAACCUGAACAAUGACCCACCUACUUUGGAAGAGAAACUUGCCCAGCCACCCAUCUACGCAGCCACAGGAGCUCGAUUCCGCGACGGGCUGCUCUAUCUCGCCACGAUAGGCGGAAACGAGUCACUCGCGGGGUACACCUUCCGGCCAGGUCUGUAUACGUUGAACCCGACUACCGGGGAAACCCAAGCUCUUCUGAACAACUACUACGGGUAUUACUUCAAUGCAGUGGACGACCUUGACAUCGAUCAUGAGGGUCAGAUCUGGUUCACCGACAAUGACUACGGCCGCCCAUGCCAAGUGAACACCUACGCGCCGCAAAUCAACCCAGCAACCUACCGCUUCAACCCGAAAACCGGGCUCGUCACCAUGGUGGAUGACUCCCUCCUCGAGCCCAACGGCCUCACCUUCUCGCCGGACAACAAAACCGUCUAUCUCACCGACACGGGCGCCGGAUCUGCCAUCAUCGAUCCGAACAUCUACCCGGCUCCGCACAUCGCCUACAACUCCACGCGCAAGGGCCGCACCAUCUACGCGUACGACGUGGCCCCAUCGCGCAAGGCGCUGCUGAACAAACGACCCGUCUACCUCUCCAUGGAGUAUGCACCGGAUGGAAUCAAGACAUCGCGGGAGGGAUAUCUUGUGUCGGCGACCGGGAAGGGCGUCGUGGUUUUGACGGACGAGGGCGAGCCCCUGGUGCGCGUGCAGACUAAUUUCACGGUGAUUAAUGUUGCAUUUGCUGGGGCGGAUCGGGACGAGCUCUGGGCCAUUGGGAAGGGAGGUGUGGCCAGGAUUCGAUGGGGGCUGAAGGGAUCUUACGCUUAA